CAAAAACAUUUGUGUGGACCGUGCGAGCGCGUUAGAUCAGUAUGAAGCUUCUGUUGGUUCUCCCACUUCUGGUGGCUGUCGUCUCUGGCCAGGGAUUCGGUGGCGGUGGAUUUGGAGGCGGAUUUGGAGGUGGAUUCGGAGGCUUGGGCAACAAUCGAGUGGCUGGAGCUUUCCAAAAUGUGGCCGGCGCCGUUCAGAAUGCCGUGGGCAACAUCGCCAAUGCUGUGCCCAAGGUGCCGCUGCUCUCGAACGUCCAGGACUUUGGUGACUUCUUGAGCCAAUCUGGAAAGACCUAUCUCUCCGCCGCUGAUCGCGCUCUUCACGAAGGUGCCUUCGCUUCCACCAAGAACCUGGUGGAUGCCGGAAACGCUGCCUUUGCUCAAGGAGUGAACACCUUCAAGCAGGCCGUGAACGCGUUCGCCGAUCUGACCCACUCUGAGUUCCUUAGUCAAUUGACCGGUCUGAAGAGAAGUCCGGAGGCUAAGGCUCGCGCUGCUGCCAGUUUGAAGGAGGUCGACCUGCCUGCGAAGCCCAUCCCGGAAGCCUUCGAUUGGCGCGAGCAUGGCGGUGUCACCCCAGUCAAGUUCCAGGGUACCUGCGGCUCCUGUUGGGCCUUUGCCACCACUGGUGCCAUUGAGGGACACACCUUCCGCAAGACCGGCAGCCUGCCCAAUCUCUCUGAGCAGAAUCUGGUCGACUGUGGCCCAGUGCAGGACUUUGGCCUGAAUGGCUGCGAUGGUGGCUUCCAGGAGGCCGCAUUCUGUUUCAUCGAUGAGGUGCAGAAGGGCGUGUCCCAGGCGGGAGUCUAUCCCUACAUUGACAACAAGGGCACGUGCAAGUACGAUGGCAGCAAGUCCGGAGCCACCCUCCAGGGAUUCGCCGCUAUUCCGCCCAAGGACGAGGAGCAGCUGAAGAAGGUGGUGGCCACUCUGGGACCAGUUGCCUGCUCCGUGAAUGGCUUGGAGACUCUUAAGAACUACGCCGGUGGCAUCUAUAACGACGAUGAGUGCAACAAGGGCGAGCCAAACCACUCCAUUCUGGUCGUCGGCUACGGAUCGGAGAACGGACAGGAUUACUGGAUCGUCAAGAACUCGUGGGACGACACCUGGGGCGAACAGGGCUACUUCCGCUUGCCUCGCGGCCAAAACUACUGCUUCAUUGCUGAGGAGUGCUCCUAUCCCGUGGUUUAAGCCGGUAAUCCGAAAUUUAUGGCAAAAUGUACUGUGAAAUUUGUGAUGUGGACUUGGCGUUGGUUGCGUCCAUUUCUUAAAUAAAAGUCUUUUCUUUAUAAUAA